AGUAUACAUCAAGUAUCAAAAAAUUUACAAUUUCAUACAAAAAUCAGUCUUAAUUGUUCCUGUAAUUCGACACCCAAUUGUAGCUGUAUCUGGACAAUUCUUCAUGGGAUUAUGUUCCAGUGCAGCAAACAAAUCCAACAAUGGAUUGUGCCUAGAAAAUCGAGGUGGGAAUGAAUUGAGCAAUGGAUCAAGCAGCAAGGUGCCACAUGACAGUAACACAGUGCCUUCAACUUAUGAGUCAGAGGGCAAGAUUUUACAAUCAGCUGAUAUGAAAAACUUUUGUUAUGAUGAACUGAAAGAAGCCACUGAGAAUUUCAGUUCAGAUAAUUUAUUGGGUGAAGGUGGAUUUGGAUUUGUCUACAAGGGUUGGAUUGAUGAACAUUCCCUGACGGCCGUCGGGCCGGAGAUGGGCAUGGCGGUUGCUGUUAAGGUGCUUAAACAAAAGGGUAGCAAGGGGCAACAAGAAUGGUUGGCAGAAAUAAAAUACCUGGGGCAGCUGUAUCAUCCGAAUUUUGUGAAACUGAUUGGUUAUAGCUUAGAGGAUAGCCACCGGAUUUUGGUUUAUGAGUUUAUGCCUAAUGGAAGUUUGGAAAAACAUCUUACUAGAGUGGAUUUUACAGGAACAGAAUAUUCUUACAAUGAACCGCUCUCCUGGAAUCAUCGUAUAAGACUGGCACUUGGUGCAGCCAAGGGCUUGGCAUUUCUUCAUGAUGAGGCAAAAGCGGUGUAUCGAGACUUUAGGGCUUCCAAUAUCCUCCUUGAUUCAGUACGUGCCUCUGCAAAUAACUACAAUGCCAAACUCUCUGAUUUUGGGAUGGCGAAGGAUGUACCAGCAGGUGAUAAAAGCAAUUUUACUGCAAGCAUAUCGGGUGCUUCUGGUUACGGUGCUCCUGAGUUUAUAAGAAAUGGUAAUGUCAACAUAAAAAUUGAUGUAUACAGUUUUGGAGUUGUUCUGCUUGAACUUAUAUCUGGCCGGGUAGCUGUAGAUGUAUACAGGCCAUCCGCUGAACAAAUUUUGGUUGAUUGGGCAAAGCCUCAUCUUAAUAGUAAACGCAAUUUUUGUAAAGUUUUUGAUGCUUGUCUUGAAGGAAAAUAUGAAGUGAGUGGAGCACUAAAAGCAGCAGAACUUGCGAGGCAAUGCAUAUUAACAACGCCUAGUCUUAGGCCAGAGAUGAAGGAUGUGGUGAAGACAUUAGAGCAUAUAGCUCUAGAGAUGCGUUAGUAUAUAUCCACUGCAGAUUGGGUUUCCCAGUAACCAUAUGGUAGUUUGCUUGUAGAUGUGCAUUGUUUUUGUUGGUGUUUAUAAGAUUUUUCGAGGGAAAUAUAAAUGUCAAGAGUUGAAUGCCAUUCCUGGCCACUUACAUUAGAACAUAGUGAUCAACCUUUGGUCUAUUAGCAUAAUAACUGUGUUGUAUUCACUUACAAGAAGGAUGAGCUAUGUCUGUCUGCAUCAUUGUGAAAAGUGGAAGGAGCCCUCUGAUUUUCUGUUGAUGGGUUUGUGAAAGGUGGAAGGAUACUCUUCUUGGCAUCUUAUGAAAUUCCUUUUUUGUCCUUGACGUUGUCGGUUCUUACUAUACUGGCUAAGUUCUUAUUGAAGCAAAAUUGAGAAGAUGAUGCUUAGAAUGAGCCUCCAAUCUUGAAGAGAAUUGCAGCAAUAUUAAGGCGACGGAGGAGAUUGGUAAGGCUUGACACUUUGUCUUAAUGCAUCUUUUCUUAAUCUGCUGCACCAAAAUUACUUCAAGAAGAGAAAAGUUUCAGUUGCAAGAAAUAGGAAUAAAAUGUUACAGGUGAUUCAUGAUUAUUGCAGAUUUUGUUUGUAUGAGCAAUUAUUUAUACACAUACUAGUGUGUGAAAGAAAAGUAUGUUCUGUAUGUUCCUUCA